AGCUCAAUUUAUAUUGAAUAAAUUUUGUAAAACUUAUUAGUUACAGCUUUUAGUACCUUUCAUAGUCGAACUGGCGAAGCAUCUGAUUCUCUCUUGCACAUGCAUACGACUAAUUUUCAACGGCGAAAAUCGGUACUUAACUAAUUACAGCUCCUCGCCGGCGUUUCACAUCAUUUCUUCAUCGGAAAACUUCAACAGUAGGCGGAGCGAUUCUCCGAUUUGAUCCAGCUGAAGAAUCUCUAAAUAUGGUAGCUAGAUUCAUAGCAAGCAAUCUAAAUCGAAUACGAAAAGCCUACUCAGUAUCAACAACAAUCAGUAGGCACAAUUGCGAUUUCACUCCUCUAUAUUUUUCUCCGAAUUUCCAAUUCGAUGAUGGUGAUUCAGCUACACGGGUUGUGAAUCCGAGUUUUAUGCUUCACAAGAGAUGGCAUACGGGCGAUUCACAUUCUCAUCAUCAUGAUCAUCACGACCUCCGCUCCGGUAAAGAAGGAGAGAGGAUUUUCCGGCUUGGACUUGCUGCUGACAUUGGCCUCGCCGCCAGUAAAGCUUUUACGGGUUAUGUAUGUGGAAGCACCGCCAUUAUUGCUGAUGCGGCUCAUUCUAUCUCCGAUGUGGUUCUGAGUGGCGUGGCAUUGCUGUCGUUUACAGCUGCAAGGGUUCCCAAGGACAAAGAACAUCCUUAUGGACAUGGUAAAUUUGAGACUCUUGGAGCUCUUGGAAUUUCUGGUGUGCUGUUGGCUACUGCUGGAGGUAUUGGAUGGCAUGCUUUAGAUGUUUUGCUGGGUUUGUGGUCUGCAGCACCUGAGUCAAUGAAUCAUCUGGACGUGCAUGAGCAACAUCACCAUGGAAUUGAUAUGGAUCACCCUAUCCUUGCUUUGAAUGUGACUAUACUCUCUAUAGCUGUUAAAGAAGGAUUAUACUGGAUAACAAAAAGAGCGGGAGAAAGGGUUGGCAGUGGGCUAAUGAAAGCCAAUGCUUGGCAUCAUCGUGCCGAUGCAGUAUCCUCCUUUGUUGCUCUCAUAGGGGUUGGUGGUUCUAUCCUUGGAGUGAGGAUCCUGGAUCCACUUGCUGGGCUUGUUGUUGCAGGAAUGAUCAUGAAAGUUGGACUCGAAACUGGAUAUCAGAGUGUCUUGGAAUUGGUUGAUGCUGCUAUUCCUUCACAUAUCUUGGAGCCUUUCAAGCACACAAUUCUACAAGUUGACGGAGUUAAGGCUUGCAGUCACCUGAGAGGAAGGAGGGCUGGUUCAUAUCUCUAUCUUGAUGUUAUAGUUGAGGUUGACCCCUUUUCUAGUGUGAGUGCUGCACAUGAGAUCGGGGAAAACGUCAGCCGCGAAAUCCAGCGUUUACAUCCCGAAAUAGCUGAAGUCUUCGUGCACAUAGAACCAUCAACUAUACACAUUCCACCCACUGUUGAGUUUCAACAGAGGAGUGCUAACACAAUGGAUGCAGACAUUGAAAAUAUAGUUUCCAGCAUUUUAUCUACAAACUUUUCUCAGAAGAUGAUUAUUGAGCGUGUGACUCCACAUCUGCUGCAAGGACAGGUUUUACUUCAAGUGGAAGUUUCUAUGCCUCCUGAUCUCUUGAUUAGGGAUGCGGUAAAAGUUGCAGAAGAAGCAGAAAAAUUAAUCAUAGAGGCAGCACCAAAUAUUGUUCAUGUGUGCAUCCAGCUGCGCUUAGGGCGACCUAUGCCAGAUUCUUACCACGAAUUGGUGGAGAGCAGAAGUCGCGGGAAAGACAACUGAAUUUUUACUCACUAAAGUGUGCAUGUAUAGGUCUUUAUCUGUAUAAUGAAUAAAGAAAUUUCAGCUAAAAAAUCAGAGCUCCAUUUUUACAUGGGAUGGAGUUGGAUCUGUAAGCCAAAACUACAGGAAAAGGAGUUAUUUCUGUAAGCAAAAACUACAUUCAGCAAAAAGGCAAUUAUGUUUCAAACAGUUUAGAAGUGGGGAGGUUGUGUUUCACAAUUGUCAAGUUGAAGUCAA